AGCUCAAGGAGUGAAAAUGGCUUCAGCAGCUGAAGAUGAUUAUAUUUGUCCUGUAUGUCAUGAAAUCUUCAAGGCUCCUGUUAUUUUAUCAUGUAGUCACAGUUUCUGUAAAGAGUGUCUUCAGCUGUUCUGGAGAACCAAGAAAACUCAGGAGUGUCCUGUCUGCAGGAGAAGAUCCUCAAGAGAUGAACCUCCUCUUAAUCUUGCAUUAAAAAACUUGUGUGAGUUGUUCCUGAAGGAGAGAAAUGAGAGGCGUUCAUCAGGAUCUGAGGAGAUCUGCAGUUUACACAGUGAGAAACUCAAACUCUUCUGUCUGGAGGACAAACAGCCUGUGUGUGUAGUGUGCUUUACUUCACAGAAACACAUCAAACACACAGUCAGACCCAUCAAUGAAGUUGUCCCAUCAUAUAAGGAGGAGCUCAAUACAGCACUGGAGUCCUUACAAGAAAAACUUCAACACAAUGAAGAAAUGAAAGGAGAGUUUGAGGAAACAGUUCAACACAUCAAGUCUCAAGCUGAGCACACAGAGUGUCAGAUUAAACAGCAGUUUGAGAAGCUUCAUCAGUUUCUCAGAGAUGAAGAAGAAGCUACAAUCACUGCUCUGAGGGAGGAAGAGGAGCAGAAGAAGCAGAUGAUGAAGGAGAAGCUGGAGGAGAUGAACAGACACAUCUCAGCUCUUUCACACACAAUCAAAGACAUGGAGGAGAUGAUGAAAGCCAAUGACGUCUGCUUUCUGAAGGAGUUUCCAGUCUCAAUGGAAAGAGUCCAGAGCUCACAUCCGGAUCCACAGAUGGCUUCUGGAGCUUUGAUUCAUGUGUCACGUUACUUGGGCAACCUGCCGUUCAGAGUCUGGAAGAAGAUGCAGGACAUCGUCCAAAACACUCCUGUGAUUCUGGAUCCAAACACUGCGAAUCCAGAUCUCGUCCUGUCUGAUGAUCUGACCAGUGUGAGAGACAGCAGGAUUGAUCAACCUGUUCCUCAUAAUCCAGAGAGAUUUGACUAUUAUUACUGUGUUCUGGGUUCAGAGGGGUUUAACUCAGGAACACACUGCUGGGAUAUAGAGGUUAAAGAGAGUUCAUGGUGGACUGUUGGAGUAACUACAGCAUCAAACCAGAGGAAGGGAUGUGAUUUCUUCAACACUGAUGAUGUGUGGAGUAUGGAGUAUGAUAAGGAUUUAGAGUGUGAAUCAUCUGUGAAUGAAUUUCGUGUUAAACAGAAGCUUGAUCGUUUGAGAGUGUAUCUGGACUAUGAUGGAGGAACGGUGUCAUUCUCUGAUCCUGUAACUAACACACAUCUACACACAUUCACACACACCUUCACUGACACACUCUUUCCAUUCUUCAGUUGUUCUCACUCUCUGAGGAUCUUAGCGGUCAAUAGUCAGUAAAUGUUACUCCUGUAGGUCUGGAUCUUCCUGCUUUCAUCAUGUUUCCAAUAUUUAAUCCAGAUCACAUGACUAGGAGUGCUGUUGAUCUGAAUAUCAGUACGGUGGCUGUGAUUGGGCCGUGAUGAUCACAUGACUGAUAUCCAGCACUACAGCAACUCUCAUAUUGCUUUAAUACAAACGAUCUAUCAAAAAGAAGUUUUCAUUUAUGUUCCACUUCACACAAUUACACCAAUUAGAGACUAUUUUAUCAUUCAUUUACCUGAUUAUUUGUGUGUCUGAUCAUUUCUGAACUUUUCAUAUAAUAAUUAUAUAUAAUAAUAUAUCAUAAUGUUUUUCUUGUAUUACAUCAAAUCACUGAAUCAGUAAAUUCUACAUUUGAACAUUUUCAUUGUUUGUUCAUCAUGAGACUAAAUGAAUAAUUAUUUCAGUAUUUCUAGAGGUGAAAUUAUCAUUGAAGUAAAUGGAUGUAAAGGUUCUUGCUGAUCCACAACAAUGUUAAAUGAAAUAUAAAUACUUAAUAUAGAAAUACUUGAUUCAGCUGUUCAUAAAUCUGAUUCUCAGAACAAAUGACUCACUAAAAUCUCUGACAAAGAUUGACUAAUAUUGAUAAUCACUUGAAGGUUAAAUGUUUACCAAAAAAAAUAAGUAUACUUUAAGUUUAUUUUAUUAAGUACACUUAAAGUUCAAGUAUAUUUUAAGUACACUAAUAUCAGUGUGCUUGUAGGCAUACUGAUAGUUUACUAGUUAGCUUUUAGUUUAUGAAAAUACACUGAAGUAUACUCAUUAAACUAAACUAUGAACAUCUGAACAGUCAAUAUAUCAAAAGAAAGAACAGACCCUCUGCUUUUUUUUCCACUCAAAAAAACAUUUUAUAGCUUCAUGCAUUCUUUUUUAUCAACACUGAAAUGUGGGUAAGUUUCAUAAAAAAGCAACAUUUUGAACAAACAGUUGAGAAAGUGAUGUUUUUGUCAAAGACUGCAUCCGGAUCAGAUUCAGAACAAUGAUGAAACAUAGAGUAGAUCGAGUCCAUCAACAGUCGUUUCCUCUUCAACAUUUCAUUCAGUAAUGUCAGGAAGUUUUGAUUUAUAUGCUGUUUGAUGAUCUCGUUAUUUUACAUGUGCUUCAGCAAUGCUUCUGUCACUCAUUUCUCCUUCUUCUUCAUCUGUUUUGAUCAGGAGAUUCAUUACUCUUUCAGAAGAUGCGUUAUAGCGCCCCCUACUGUAUAACAGUGAAAACAUGGAUUACAAGUCUAAAAUUUCUAUGCAUACUACAACUGGAUUAAACAAAAAUUCACAUACUCAGAAUUAACAUAUCUGU